CGCCUGUCCGUGUCCAUGUCCUUGCAGUAAGCAGCACUCGAGUUUGUUUCGCCAUCAUGGCACCUAUAGGCUCGAGCUCCCGACCUCACUUCCCACUGCACACGACAUGGACAACCGGGGAAGGAGCGCACUUGCGGUCCACUGCCACUGCCGCCUUUGAUGCUCUCCUCGAGGCUGUCACUGCCUCGGACCACGUUGGCCGUAACCAGACCAAACACUCCCGCAACCACACCCAGCUCGUCCUCCCAGGGAUAGUCACGGACGUCGCCGCAUUCUUCUUGGACGCAUUGGACGCCUCAGACAGUGUGUAUUGCGAUCGAAACCACAUCGACGACACAGAGCUGCUGUACGUGCUCAAGCCACGGACGAUGGACCAGCCGCUGCGCUUCAUGGGUCUCCGAUGGAGCCGGUUUGGUGCGCCGCUCUUAUGUCGUCCUCGCGACGUGUGCGUGGUCGAGUACAUGGAUGCGUUUGUGGACGAGCGCGGCCGCCGCGGCUGGGCCACGUGCAUGCAGUCUGUAUGCCAUCCGUCGUGCCCCGAUUUCAAACCACACCAUGGCCUGGUUCGGUCCACAGUGCACUUGUCUGGCUACGUCGCGAUCGAGAGUGACGUGCCUGGCGUCAUCGACGUGCAUGUGGUCUUGGAUUGGAACUUUGGCAUGCCGCCGUGGGCGCGGAACGCAGCGCUGGCCAAGCGACUCCAGGGACUGGACAAGCUCGACGCGUACUUGAAGCUCAAAAGUCUCGACCACCGACCCCGGCAUCAGCAGCACGUUACACAUGAACGUGUGGCCGACAAGGCCUCCCACCACAAUGACAACCACGACCCCCUUCGAAGGCACGUCCGCGACCUCCCGUCUUCGUCAAAUCAAUCCGAUCAUGUUUCUCGCCAAAGGGCAUUAUGCCAAGGCGACAUGUCGACAUCGGCACCGUCGUUUCAUUCGCAGCCUAGCAACUUGACCUUUGCCUCGUCUCCGUCGAUGCGAACGACGAUGGACGACGACUUCAACGGCGCCACGUUCGACAGCCUCCACAUCCCAUCCCAUUGCGGCGUCUGCCAAGCAUACCUUCGCCACGCGUCGUACAUGCCGUGCCAGCUCUGCGACAAGGUAGAAAAAAAUCCAGGUAUUCAUUCCGGUUGUUUGUGUGUCACGAGUGUUUGUAUGUCGUAAGUCGGUUGUGGCUAGGGUCCACGGGGGAGGACCUCUGCAUGAACAUGAACCUGUGCCUCCUCUGCGAUCAAACGAUGCUGCCCACGCCCCCCGCCAUCACGCCCUCCCAGCAGCACCGCCCCCGACGAACGAGACCAUUGUCCACGUCGUCGGCAAGGAAAAACAAAACCAGUCCGCGACCAACUAGUAUCUCCGACGGGGUUGUGCUGCUGGACUUGUCGUACCUGAAUGCCAUUACGUCGUCGGCAUCCAGAUCCACAGACGUGUCACAGCCGUCAGUACCAAAGCCGACGAUGACCCAACAACCAACACGAUCUUGAACGGGCUCGAGUUGGACAUGCUGUCAACUGAAACACAUCACCAACACAAAAAAAACCCAGCAGGCAUCAUCCUUCACACAACCAUGCCAGGGUUACUGCCUCGGAUAAAUGAAAAAAAUCUCAUUUUUAUUGUGGAUUCGAUAUGAAUUUCCAGACCCCAUCGCAUCGAAUCGAAUCACGAUUCGACGCUAUUGGCUAAUCCAUU